UAAAUAGAUUUUUUUCGAUUGAAAUGGCCGAUUCAACGACCUUAAUAAACAAGAAAAGAAAACAUGACAAAUAUCGUCGCAGAGAUCCAAAUUCAAUUGAAAAUAUCAGAAAAACUACCGAGGCAAUGAAUACCGAGGAAAAGCUGAAUUUCAUAUCGGAACGAUACGUUGAACUGUACCACGAAGCCAGGGAAAUGUUCGUUAGUUUGCAAGAACGCGAAAAACAAUUGCAGCUGGCCCAAAAAGACAGGAACAAAGACCAUACGGAACUGACGAAACUGACUUUGGCAAAGGGCCAGCUAGAGAACCUUUGUAGGGAACUCCAAAAACAGAACAAGCUAAUUAAGGAAGAAAAUGUGGCACGAAUAAAGGAAGAAGAAGAUCGUCGUAGGGAAGUCGCAAACACCUUUACUGAACGCUUGACCGCCUUGACCAAUCUGAUCACAGAAAGCAAAGACAAAUCAAAUAAAUUCAAGGAGGAAAACCAAAGUAUGACAGACAAAUUAACAGAGCUCUACAAGCAAUACCAGCAAAGAGAGAACCAUCUAGAGACUGUCACCAAACAAUUAGAAUUACAAAAGAAACUGGCUGAAACACAAGCGAAAAAAGUCGAAAUAGAACACGAGGCUGAGCGUCAAACAUUUCUGGCUCAAAGAAAGGCUCUGGAAGUACAACUGGAGCAGUAUGAAAGGGAAAUUGUCCUGCUUCAAGAAAAAAACCGCAGUCUGGAAGCUCAAGUUGAUUUGUAUAAGAGUGAAUACUCUAAUUUUGAAACAACCAUGACCAAAAGCAAUAAGGUAUUUGAUACAUUCAAACAGGAAAUGUCGAAAAUGAGUAAACAACUUCACUUGUUAGAAUCCGAGCGCAAUGACUUACAAAAACGUUGGCAAUCCAGCGUGAACUCGUUAAUUGUUCUUUCUGAACAACACAUGUCGCUGGCCAAUGAACAAACUUCACUGGAAAAAAAACUGACUACUCUUCAAAAGUUGUGCAGGCAACUUCAAGAAGAAAGAACCACAUAUUUAAAACAGCUUAAAGAUAAUAACAUAGAACCGUUAGUGCCAAUAUCUCAAACUCAAGAUGGCGAAAAAACAGAACAAAAUACUGAUGAGCCGAAAAAGAUGCAAGACAGCUCAAAACGUGUACAAGAAAUUAAUAAGAUUGAAAAGAAAGGUGGUGAGAAUAUUGCCAAUUUGGAAAAUAAUGUUUCCAGUAUAGACUUAAAUUCUGACACAGUCAUAGAUGCCAAAGAAGAAAUAACUUCCUCCAGUUCAAGUUCCAACACAAAUUCUGAACUUAACAAACCAGUAUCUCAAGUAUCAACGGACUUAAAAUGUUCUUCAAGUAAAACUGAUGUUAGUAAUGGCUCUCCACCCUCAACAGUGCUUACAGAUCUUGAGAAAAAUGAAUCUUCUAAAUGAACCCCCAACCAAUAUUCUUGGACCAGCUUGAACCUGUACUAAUCACGAAAUCAAGCAGACAGUUAGUUGUCACUUAAUGAUCUUAUUGUCUCAUUUUUCUGUGAAUAUUUUCAACUUUCCUUUUAUAAAAUGUUUGUAGUUUCGUUUUUUUCUAAAAUAUUUAGGCGUCCUUACUUAGUUAUAGUUACAAUUUUAAUUUAAAAUUCCUUAUAGGAAGUACUACCGCUUUAAUUAUUAGUUUGUUUAAAAUAUGUGCUCAUGAGAUUGCUAACACUAUUUAAAAUAAAAUGGAGAUUAUGUAAACGUGAAAUUUAUGAAUAUGAUUAAUGGAAAAGCCGGUGUAUUUCUGUAAGAUUCAAUUCAUUAUGUACUAUUUCAUAAAUUUCAGGAAAAACUCCAGGAGUGAUUUUUUUGUGUGUUCCUUUUUUUGUUAUUUAUUCUAACAUUAGUCAGUUGUCACUUAUUACUUUUAGUGAAUAAAUUUAUUCCUCGGCAUUGA